CCAACGUCGUCGUUCCCCCCUUUUACUAUCGUCGUGACGCAUCACAUUUCUAAUUAAAACAAGGGCCACUGUGGUUCGCAACGUGUAGACGCAUAACAACACAUAAAACCUGUCGUCUUCCUUCAUAUUGAGUCUGAAGCGUAGAUUUUUUCUUUUCUUUUCUUGUUUGGUUCCAGUGGCAGGCAUCAGCAAUCACUCGAGUUGUUGAGCAGCAACGGAAACGACCAACCGGCAAUUGAAAUCGCAGUCACAACAACAACAACAACUCCACAAGUUGACCGACGGACGACAGCUCGCCGACCGACCGCGCUCGCGGAGCGUGUUUUUUUCUUCUUCUUGUUUCUUGGUCGCUUUGAUUGUUUUCCAGACAUACUCGCUGAAGGAAUAGUUGACGCUCCAAGAUAGCAUCGUCGGCAGCAGCAGCAGCCGCAGCAGCAGAGGCAAACACCAAGGACAACAGGACCUGUCAUGUCGACCGCCACCACCGCCGCCGCCGCCGCGGAGGAUAGGCGAGACCCCAACGGCACCACCAUGGGGACGAUCUCGCCCGCGACGCAGACGCAGACCCAGACUCAAUCGCAGACGCGGGGAAAGAUGUACCCGUCGGUGGUGCUGACGCCGUGGGACCCAACCAACGAGAGGCAGCUCGAACGCAUGUACGAGCAGCGCGUGGCGUGCACGUGGGGGUACGACGAGGUGCGCGAGGAGUGGAAGGAGAGGAUGCUGAGCGGGCAAAAGGUGCUCUAUUGGAUCUCGGUGGCGGAUGAUUUUCCUGGGCAGGACAAAUUGCUGGCCCAGCACAUCAAGCAGUGGCCCAAGGAGAGCGAGAGUCUCGUCGACACGGCGGUUGUAAUCGGUCGUGCGAUGCGGGAGCCGACAAGGGAGCCGUUCCACCCCGUUGGACACAUUGCCGUUGAGUGGUUUCCUGAGCGAGACGCGCAGUUGGGGCUGCCCGAGACGACGGCUUGGGUCAAGUCGUUGUAUAUUUCGUGGGCGCUUCAGGCCACGGGCCUCGGUCGGGCUGCGAUGGCGGCGCUGGAACGCGUCGUCGAGGGCCCGCCGUUCGGGGCCGAGUGCGUGGCGCUGGACACGUUGACAAGCGAGUUCCAGCUACGGGAAGAGCAGCUGGCGUGCUUCUACGACGCGAGGGGCGUGCCACGACCGGCGGUGGUGCGUAGCAACGAGGAGUGGUAUCGCCGCCAGGGAUACGAGGCGGUGGCGAGCAAGGACGACGCGUACGACUGGGUGAGCCCGGCGACGGGGGAGACGAUCAAGGUGCCGUGCGUGUUUAUGAGGAAGUAUGUUGGGGGGGUGGCGUAGAUGGACAAGAAGCAUUCAAGGUGUGUCGAAUGUGUGUCAAAGCGAUGGGUUGCCACAACAUGGGCGCGGCGCACGUGGAGCGGACAACAGGGGACGUAGCCAAGGUGCCACUGCACUGCGGUGGGAACAGGGAAACUAUUACGACCAGAGGAUGGCUAUUUUGACCGGUUCUACUGCUGUUGCUGCCGCGUCUACCAUGAACAUGAAGCUGAUGAUGGCGACGAGGAUGGAUUGUGACGCCGCCCGUGGGCGUGUCGGUAGAUGGAUCAACAAAGGAAAGCCAGCGGUAGGGGGGCGUGCGUCCGCUAGGGAGAACAAAGAGCUAGGGGGGUGGCCAUUGGCGUACUGGACGAGGCCAGCACAACGGCCCGCUGUGGGGGAGGCGCUAUAGCAUCCCAG